UGGUAAACCAUUGUUUUUGGUCUUAAAGAAAGUAGAAGAAUAUAAGCUUUUAGGUCUCAUAGGCCCAUUCCACGCCCUCCUCCAUAAUCGAUAUUCCAUUUCCAUUCCAUACUCCAUAAUCUAUUUUAUUACUUCCGAAUUUGAGCUAGUUGUGCUGCCUGACAUCAGAAUUCCCGUCCAAAACCCUAUCUAGUACCUUCCUCCUUGCUCUAGUCUCCGAGCUCAGAGACUGCAUUCAACAAUGGCUGAUCUCAACAAUGGCGAGAAACGUCACAUCCUUCCCGUUGCCGGAAAGCGCAACGUCCUCAUCACCAGUGCUCUUCCGUACGUCAACAACGUUCCUCACCUCGGCAACAUCAUCGGCUGUGUACUAAGUGCCGAUGUUUUCGCAAGGUAUUGUCGACUUAGGGGUUAUAACACUCUUUACAUUUGUGGAACUGAUGAGUAUGGAACUGCCACUGAGACCAAAGCUAUGGAGGAGAAAUGCACUCCUAAGCAAAUUUGUGACAAAUAUCAUGCAAUUCAUAAACAAGUCUAUGAAUGGUUUAACAUAAGUUUUGAUCAUUUUGGACGCACUUCAACUCCCCAACAGACAGACGUUUGUCAAUCUAUUUUUAAGAAGCUCAUGGACAACAAUUGGCUUACUGAGAACACAAUGCAGCAGCCUUAUUGUGAUACUUGCGAGAAGUUCUUAGCUGAUAGGCUUGUCGAGGGAAUUUGCCCAACACCUGGUUGCAAUUAUGACUCUGCUCGAGGAGAUCAAUGUGAGAAGUGUGGAAAACUGUUGAAUCCUACAGAUUUGAAAGACCCUAAAUGCAAAGCGUGUCAAUGCGCUCCUCGCAUCCGUGACACUAAUCACUUGUUUCUUGAGCUUCCUCUGCUCAAAGAUAAGUUGGAAGAGUACAUAAACAAGAUGUCAGAAGCUGGAUCUUGGAGCCAGAAUGCCAUUCAAGUAACAAACGGGUGGUUGAAAGAAGGACUCAGAUCGCGAUGUAUUACUAGAGAUUUGAAAUGGGGGGUCCCUGUCCCGCACGAGAAAUUUAAAGACAAGGUAUUCUAUGUUUGGUAUGAUGCACCAAUAGGGUAUAUUUCGAUCACAGCAUGCCACACACCAGACUGGGAGAAGUGGUGGAAGAACCCUGAAAAUGUUGAGCUAUAUCAAUUUAUGGGCAAGGAUAAUGUGCCUUUCCAUACUGUGAUGUUUCCAUCAACACUUCUUGGUACCGGUGAAAACUGGACUUUGAUGAAGAGUAUCAGUGUCACAGAGUAUUUGAACUAUGAGGCAGGCAAGUUCUCCAAAAGCAAAGGCAUUGGAGUUUUUGGAAAUGACGCAAAGGACACUGAUAUUCCGGUAGAAGUGUGGAGAUACUAUCUGCUGACUAACCGGCCUGAGGUGUCAGACACAUUGUUCACUUGGGUAGAUUUACAAGCAAAAUUAAACGGUGAGCUGCUGAGCAAUCUGGGGAAUUUCGUUAAUCGGGUCUUGAGCUUUAUUGCUAAGCCUUCAGGCCAGGGUUAUGGUUCUAUCAUUCCUGAUGCUCCCCAGGCAGAAUUGCAUACUUUAACCAAAACAUUAGCAGAAAAAGUUGGAAAACAUGUAGAGCAAUAUGUAGAAGCCAUGGAGAAGGUGAAGCUAAAGCAGGGAUUGAAAACUGCAAUGGCCAUUUCAAGUGAGGGAAAUGCAUAUUUACAGGAGAGUCAAUUUUGGAAGCUUUACAAAGAGGACCAGCCUGCAUGUGCUGUAGUCAUGAGAACUUCAGCAGGACUAGUGUAUCUCUUGGCCUGUUUAUUAGAGCCUUUCAUGCCAUCUUUUUCUCUUGAGGUACUUAAGCAGCUCAAUAUGCCUCAACUUCAAGUAUCUCUUUCAGAUGAAAAUGGGGAUCUCGAAAAAAUCAAGAUACUCUGGGAUAUACUGCCUGCCGGUCACAAAAUGGGGAAACCGGAGCCAUUGUUCAAGGAACUGAAAGAUGAACAAAUGGAAUUUUAUCGGGACAAGUUUGCUGGAAGUCAAGCUGACAGGGCUGAGAAAGCUGCUGCGGAAAAGACCGCGGAGCAGUUGAAGAAAACAAAGAUUUCAGAUAAAAGCGAGAAGAAAAAGCCAGCAAAGUCUGCUGCUGGAGGCAAAGCUAAGUCAACUCCUGAGGCAGAAACUACAAUUGCUAGACUUGACAUUCGUGUUGGCCUUAUAACAAAAGUUCAGAAGCAUCCUGAUGCAGAUUCCCUCUAUGUGGAAGAGAUUGACGUUGGUGAAGCCACACCUAGGACUGUCGUCAGUGGUCUUGUUAAUCACAUACCCAUUGACGAAAUGCAGAAUCGAAAGGUCUGUGUUCUAUGCAACUUGAAGCCAGCUACUAUGAGGGGGAUCAAGUCUCAUGCCAUGGUUCUUGCGGCUUCGGACAGCGAGCACACCAAGGUUGAACUCGUUGAGCCACCCAAAGAUGCGGUCAUUGGGGAGAGAGUCAAGUUCUCAGGUUUUGAUGGCGAGCCAGAUGAUGUUCUUAACCCUAAGAAGAAAGUCUGGGAGACAUUACAAGUAGAUCUAAACACAGAUUCUGAUUUGGUGGCCCGGUUUAAAGAUUUGCCAUUCACCACAUCUGCUGGAAUCUGCAAGGUUUCUUCGAUUGCAAAUGGAUCCAUAAGGUAGAAAUGCAUCAUGACGUUUGGCUACUGAUACCGAUUUUUUUUUUUAAAAUUACAAAUUUGCUCUAUAGGGCAGUUUCCAUCCCUUUACUAUAUUUGAUCUUUUCUCCCCUGUGAUGGAAGCUGGAAAGUUUUGUCAUGAUAUUCUGUACGCAGUCUAAGAUUAAAGUCAUGUAAGCAAUUAAUUUUUGACUUGUCCUUUCAGUUCUACUUAGUUGUUCAUUUGUCAAAGGUUUGUAAAAUCUUUUACUAUUAACAUUGUGUUUCUCAUCUUGUAUGUUGUAUUCCAUAAUUUAAGAUUAAGUCACCUCGUCUAUA